AUGUCAACCACGACACGAAAAAACGAUAAGGCAGAUACCGCCGCAUCGAGCUUCCAGGGCAUACCGGAAGGGGAUCUGAGAAAGAUCUGGCAAUGGGACAAGAUAUGCCCACCACCAAUCAUGAGAUGUGUCCACGAAAUAUGCGAAGAAAGGGCACGGGGGCAAGUUGAUGCACUGGCUAUUUCAGCUUGGGAUGGCAAAUUGCACUACGGAGAGUUGAUACAGCUCGCCACAAAACUAGCAAAAUGGCUCGUUCUUUCUGGAAUACGACCUGGCAUGGUUGUGCCUCUCUGCUUUGAGAAAUCAUUGUGGACAACUGUAGCUAUGCUGGGUGUGCUCAAGGCUGGUGCGGCAUUUGUUAUGCUUGAUACAUCAUUCCCCAAACAGCGUCUUCGGGCUAUUGUCGAAAGCGUAAACGCAGAUAUGAUCUUAUCGUCUGUUCCAAGCAACACCAUCGCGGCAUCAUUGGCUGAAACUGUAAUUGCCAUAGAUUCGACCUUCUUGUCGACGUUGAAUAACCUGGAAGGACAAGACCCGCCACCGGUCGACCCAUCGUCACUCAUGUACUUAGCCUUUACAUCAGGUUCCACAGGCACACCAAAGGGAUUAGUAAUAACACAUAGCAAUUAUGCAUCAUCUCUCCACUACCAACUGCCACUCCUGGGGUUCACUGAGGAAACCAGACUCUACGACUUCUCUUCCUAUGGUUUUGAUGCUUCACUCAGCCACACGUUUACGAUCCUUGCCGCAGGGGGCUGUUUAUGCGUGCCAUCCGAGGAAGACCGGAAAAAUAGAUUGGCUGAAAGCAUAAAGUCUCUCCGUGCAAAUGCUGUCGGGCUUACCCCGUCAGUUGCCAGGUUGUUGAAUCCUGCUGACACCCAAACUAUAGCAACGAUCUUGUUUCUCGGCGAGGCUUUGCGUCCUAGCGAAGUUCAACGCUGGUGGGGUAAAGUGAGCAUCAGCAACAUAUACGGACCUAGCGAGUGCACGCCCUACGCUGUCAUCAACAACAGCGCGGCGAGUCCGCAGGAGACCACUCGACUAGGCAAAGGUGCAGGACUGGUGACAUGGAUCGUUGAUCCAGAUAACCACGACCGCUUACUACCUCUUGGGGAGACCGGUGAGCUGCUUCUAGAAGGGCCACUAGUGGGCAAAGGGUAUUUGAAUGAUGAAGAAAGAACGGCACAAGUGUUUAUCCAGGAUCCAGCAUGGCUACGACAAGGUGGACCCAAUUAUCCAGGACGCUGCGGACAACAUUUGUACAAAACAGGGGAUCUUGUCCACUACAACAUCGAUGGAAGCCUGACCUAUGUCGGUCGCAAGGACACGCAGAUUAAGAUUCACGGGCAGCGAGCGGAACUCGGAGAAAUAGAGUUUUUCUUGGAGCAGCACAUGCCAGAAGCCAAACAGGUUAUAGUAGAGACGAUUACAGUCAAACAGGAGGAAUCAAGCGCAGUGUUGGCAGCUUUCAUUCAGCCACGUCAGACCUCGACCAAUACCGAGGGACCGGGAAUAGCUCCCAUGAAGAUAUACCAUGUGCCACUUAAUGUCAUACGGGUGCUAGCUGAGACCCUGCCAGCCUAUAUGAUACCGUCUUAUUUCCUGUCCAUACGUGAAUUCCCCAGAACCUUAUCAGACAAGUUAGACCGGAAGAAGCUCCGGGAUAUAGGUACUUUGUGGUUCCAGCGAUGGGUUAAGGAGCAAAACCACGUGGCCAAGACAAAACCAACUUCUCAUGUGGGAAUUGAGCUGCAAAGGAUCUGGGGGGAUGUUCUAGGUAUUGAGUCGAUAUCAGUCGGGCUUCAAGAUAAUUUCUUUCGGUUAGGAGGUGACUCGAUUUCAGCAAUGAAGGUCGUGUCCAAGGCUCAACAGGCUGGUCUCGGGCUGACGUUUUCCGAAGUGUUCCAGUAUCCCACACUUGGUGGUCUGGAAGGUCGGUGUCGCCUUGAGCGUGCGAACCCUGUUGAAAUGAUUCCACCUUACUCUCUUUUGGGAAAUGGAUGGAAUGAAGCACUUCUCCAGGACAUUGUGGCCUAUCAUCAGCUGGAUCCCGAUACAGUGGAGGACGCAUAUCCUUGUACACCCCUACAAGAAGGCCUCUUGUAUCUAUCAUUGCAAACUCCAGGCACAUACACGAUGCAGCGAGUUUUGAAAUUGAGUCCGGAUAUAGAUGCAACAGAAAUCUGUUGUGCAUGGGACAAAAUGGCCCAGAAUACGCCCAUCUUACGGACCAGGAUCAUACAACAUAGCGACAUGGGCUUUUUGCAGGUGGUCUUAAGGGGGGGCAUCCAAUGGAUCCAUGCAAAAAACCUACAGAAUUAUCUUAAAAAAGACAAUACAACUCCCAUGGGCCUCGGAAAGCCUCUUGUACGCCAUGCAAUUGUCACAGACAACACAACCAAUCACCGAUGGUUUGUGUUGACCCUUCAUCAUGCUCUAUACGAUGGCUGGACAAUACCACUCAUGCUGCAAAGGCUGAGCAAUGCGUAUAAUGGCAUACCCAAGAGACACAAUCAACCAGAGUUCAAGGACUUCAUCAAAUACAUCCAGGGCCAGAGCCACGAACGCGCUGCUGAAUACUGGAGGGAUAACCUUGCCGAUUGUGACUGCGAACCAUUUCCAGCUCUUCCGUCGUCGGUACAGCAGGUUGAGACUGAUAGUGAGAUCACACAUAAGUUAUCAUCCAUAAAAUUACAUACACCAGAAGUUACGCCCGCUAUACUUAUCCGUUCCGCCUGCGCCCUCCUCCUCAGUCACAGGACCAGCUCACACAAAGUAGUGUUUGGGAUCACCACAUCAGGCCGAAGCGCUCCUAUUACUGGUAUUGAGGAGAUAGUAGGCCCAACAAUUGCGACGAUCCCACUCUACGUCAACAUACAGCAGUCACAAACCGUUAUGGAAUACCUUGAAAGCAUUCAGCAGCAAAUGAUGACCAUGAUCCCUUUCGAGCAGUUCGGUUUGCACAACAUUGCCAAAGCCAGCGCCGAUGCUCGUCAGGCUUGCAUGUUCCAGACUCUUCUCAUUGUUCAACCCGAGGAAUUUGCAAAUGCCGAUAAUACUUUCGGGGAGUGGGAAGGGUGGCAAGAGCCGGAGUGGGACAACACGUACGCCCUUGUCCUGGAGGUGCAGCUUGGGACUGGGCGCGUCAACGCUAGAUUUGAUUCCAAUAUCAUUAAAUCGUGGAUAGUUCAGGACCUACUGGAAGGACUCGACUUUGUGAUAGGGCAGCUCCGCACAGCACAAUCCGACAAGAGAAUAACAGAUAUUGAUCUUGUGACGCCUCAGAGUCUCGAGCACAUAUGGGGAUGGAAUAGGCUCGUCCCAUCACCGGUCAAAGCAACAAUCAACGAGCUUGUUGAGGAGCAGGUGGAGCAACAGCCGACUGGAAUGGCAAUACACGCGUGGGAUGGAGACCUAACAUACGUUGAGCUUGACCACCUCGCCACGAGCCUGGCAACCGAGCUCGCCAGACUUGGAGUCAGCCCAUCCCUACUGGGGUCGAACAAUGUGAUUCCACUUUACUUUGAGAAAUCGAAGUGGGCCAUAGUAUCCAUCCUGGCAGUUCUGAAGACGGGUGCAGGCUUUGUGUUGCUCGACCCGUCUCAACCGGAGUCCCGAUUGCGCUCAAUCAUUGAAACAGUCGGAGCCAAGAUACUGCUCUCCUCCGAAGCCAACAUGGAUCUAAGCCGCCAGCUAUCCAAGAUAGUGAUACAAGUUGGUCCAGAGUUGUCCAGAAUUCCGAGUGAUAUGAAAAAUCAUUUUGACGGUGUCACGGGACAACCGCCACUACCCUCCAGCCUACUAUAUACAGUGUUUACCUCUGGUAGCACCGGAACACCGAAAGGAGUCAUGGUAUCACACGAAAGCUUCUGCUCUGCUCUACAUCAUCAAUCAAAGCAUUUAAACUUCACAGCAAGGUCCAGAGCCUUGGAUGGUGCAUCAUAUUCGUUCGAUGCCGCAAUCCAUAACAUUCUGACGACACUUGCGGUCGGAGCAUGUCUGUGCAUACCCUCGCAAGAAAGCUACAAGGGUGACAUCGGCAGUGCUAUAGCCGAUAUGCGUCCUACCAUCUGUAAUCUAACCCCAACGGUAGCCCGUCUGUUAGACCCGGAGAGGGCAUACGACCUGGAGACGUUGAUACUACUGGGCGAGCCUGUUAUAAGGAGCGAUAUUGACCGAUGGCGGUCAAGCGAUGUCCAGGUCAUAAACGCCUACGGACCUGCUGAGUGCACACCAAUAAGCACUAUCAACGCUAAUCCGUCUAUUACAGACGAAGCAAUUCGGAUUGGAAAAGGUGCAGGUGUGACAACCUGGAUUGUACAUCCCGAGAACCAUAAUCGGCUGGUACCGCUAGGAUGCACCGGUGAAUUACUUCUUGAGGGGCCCCUUGUUGGCUUAGGCUAUAUGAACGACCCAGGAAAGACUGGAGAAGCAUUUGUGGAAGACCCCGAAUGGCUGCUCACAGGCUCAACAAGUCAUCCCGGUCGCCGUGGUCGUCUUUAUAAAACCGGUGAUUUGGUGCAGUACAACGAGGAUGGAAGCUUAUCAUUCAUGGGGCGCAAGGACAACCAAGUCAAAAUACGUGGUCAGCGGGUAGAGCUCGGAGAUAUUGAGUACCAUGUUUCAGCUUCCUUGCCAACGAAAGCGAUUCAGGUCGUGGCAGAAGUCGUUGUACUGGAGGAUGACGGGGAGCCGAAACCGGUACUGGUAGCUUUUAUCCACACGGAUAACAAGGACAUGUCUGCCAGGGAGGAUACAACAAUGUCUGCUAAGCCAUACCGGAUGACCGAAAAGGUCAUGAAACGGAUUUCACACCGUUUGUCUAUUGUCCCCGACGUCUUUGUUUCCAUGCGGAAACUUCCUCUGACACCAACGGGGAAGAUUGAUCGGAAACAGCUUCGUGAGAUAGGCCGGUCGCUUCUCUUGAGUGAAGGACACGUCUUCGAUGGCACCUCCGAUCCCUCUCAUAACGAUGACGACUCUCAAAGCAGAUUGAUUCUCCAGAAUGAUCAUCCUGCAUACACCAUCGCCCAGAAGGUGUAUUCCAUGCGCCCUUCAUGGAUGAAGAAUGGAGUUCCAAGCGCACGAACGGGAUACAAAGAUAUUUCUUUACACUCCUCUGGUCUGGACUCCGUCAAUAUGAUGGAACUCACCUCAUUCGUUUCACGCCACUUCAACGUCCAAGUCGACAUGCAAUAUGUAAUGGCCAAGGCCACUACUAUCAGAAGUCUAGCCGACUACGUGCUCCACUACCAAAAGAACGGUACUACCUCUUCCUCCGCCGAGCAUACCUCAACUGGUGUUGACCUAAUGAGAGAGAUCAACCGACAUGACUCAAGGAUUCGGGCUGCUCAACUCACAUUUUCGGGAAGCAAUAAUCCAACACUCAAACAUCCCUCAGUCUGUAGGGACAAGGGGUCAUUCACCGUCUUCUUGACUGGUGCAAACGGUUUCCUGGGUACUCAAAUUCUCCGCCAACUCCUGUCCACCCCUAAGGUGAGCCGCGUCAUCUGUCUCGUACGUGGUGAUACAGAUGAUGCUGCGAGACAGCGCACCAUCAGCCUGGCCAAGGAGGCCCUCUGGUGGACGGGCCACCACGCAGAAAAGCUCGAGGUUUGGCGGGGAGAUCUAACAUCACCCAAACUCGGACUUGACCCAGACCGCUGGGAAACUCUCAGCUGUGGUGAAAAAGUUGAUUGUAUCAUACACAACGCCGCCACAGUGCAUUGGAUGAAGGGCUACGACGUUCUAGAGGCUGCCAACGUCGGAUCGACCAUGGAAUUGUUGGAAGUCGCACUGAGAUGCCCCUCUAUGAGGUUCGUCUAUAUCACAGGCGGCCGCCCAUGGAAGGCCCACGAAGAGGAAGAUGUUGUGGCGGAGCUGUCCGCUCCCGAUGCCAUCCCCUAUAGCCAGACGAAGUUGGUCUCUGAAGUCGUCGUCCGACGCGCUGCAACACGCAAAAUACCGGGAAGCAGUACCCCUACUCCAGCAGGAAAUAUUGCUGUCAUAAAC